ACCGAGCUAUCACAGGCCUGUUACUCAGGAGCCCUCCUGAUCCUCAUCCUUACACAUCUGCAGGAACACUGAGAGUCUUCAAACCCAGGAAAAUGUCUCCAGCUUUGGCUUUGUUGCUCCUCAGCCAAGUAGCUUUAUACACAACUGUAACAUCAGUGAAAGUAUGUGGCAGACCUCCAACCACUGAUGGGAUUGAUUCUUCAACACUAAAGCGUGUGUAUGAGGUUGGAGAAGAGGUGACUCUCACAUGUGAACAGGGGUACUUGCCUUCAAGGACACCAUCGGCCAGGAUAACCUGCACUGCCACAGGGGAAUGGACACAGGCAAACCUGGCAUGUUCCCCUAAGAUGUGCCAGAUCCCAAGACCUCUGCAGCCGUUUGCAAAGGGGAGGACAGAAGCACCAUUCAAGAGCGUGCUUAACUUCACAUGUGAUGAUGGGUAUGUCUUAAUAGGAAGCAAUGAAAGCAGAUGUUUACAUGAUAACACCUGGAGCCAUCCACCACCUCUCUGCAAAGCUGUGAACUGUCCUCUGCCCAAGCCACCAAGCGAUGGUAGGAUUGUCCACGAUAAGCCACUGACUGGAACCGCAACUAAGUAUGGCCAAGCUUGGACAUAUGAGUGUCAUCCACCUAAAGCACCAAGCUAUGAGAGAGGAUUCUGCAUGGCUAAUGGAAGUGUAACUGAACCGCCGGUGUGUCGAGACGUGAGCUGCCCAGUUCCAACAAACAUACCGAAUGGCAUCAUCACCUUUGCUGUGAUGAGACAACAUGGCUACAAGGAGAAGGUUAGGUAUGCCUGCAAUGAGCACUAUGUUCUGGAAGGUCGGGAUGAAAUACAGUGUCAAAACACAGGAAACUGGUCAUCAAAGCCGGUCUGCAGGGCUCCCUGCACAGUUGGCAUCAAAAGAGGUCGUAUCUUCUAUAACGGCAAGAAGAUCUGGAUUGGAGACUUGAAACCAAACAGAGUCCUCCAUGGAGAACAUGUUGCCUUAUAUUGUCUGAACAAAACUGGCAAAUGCGGCUACCCUGUGGCCACCACUUGUAAUGAUGGAAACCUGCCCAUCCCAGGAUGCUUCGAGGAACCAGGCAGGAUGGAUUACAACUUGAGACCAAAAACGCUUCCAUCAGAAAUCACCAUGUGUGCUUCUCCCCCAACUUCAAGUCCAGGAAACGUCACAAUCACACGUUGAUGGAAGCCGCUAUCUUUAAAGGGCAUUGUCUGUUUUCUUGUAUUCAACUGAUAAUAAAAUAUCAGUGGUCAGUCA